UGAGAGCCUGAACCGGCAGGGGCUAAAAUUUCUCUCAUCAGCUGAGUGUGUGCUCCCUGGCUGUAUCUCGCCUUCACUCUGCACCUGUCUGCCUGCCUGAGACCUGUCUCCUUCUCCGCUCCUGCUAACGUCCUCCAGGCGUCUUUCAAGCAAUAACGAUGAAGAUCGAGAACAGCCUGCCUUGCCAGCAGCUCCCCGAGGUGCACCCUCAAACUGGACUGCAGUUCACUGUGGCCACUGAAGAAGACUUUGAUGACAUCAUGGCCAUGAGCCAGGAUAUCUAUGGGGGCCUAGACUACCUUCCCACCCGCUACCAGACUUGGCUGCAGGAGACCAAUCGCACUGUCAUCCUGGCUCGCAAGCAAGGCAAAGUGAUUGCACUUGAGUCAGUGUGCGUUAUUGAUGAUGGCGAGACUAUGCUGGUGGAGGGCCUUCGUGUGGCCCCUCAAGAGAGGGGCAAGGGUGUGGCGGGUGUGCUGCUCCGCUACUGCUCUCAGCUUGUGAAGUCCAAGUACCCUGACGUUAAAGUGACUAGACUGACCAGAGAUGACCAACUGGGACCUAAGGACUUCCAGAAGUACAGGCUCAUCACAAAACAGGCAAUCCUCCUGGCCCGCUUCCGUGCAGAAGACUUAAAGCUGCAUCUUACUGAUCUUGGGCUGAACGUGGGCAUUACAGGAGAUGACAUGGCCCCUGCCAACAUUCCAGUGCAUUUGGAACCCUCAGAGGUUCGCCAGCUCUUCUUGAGCAAUGGUUUGAUGAAGGAUGUCCUACCCAAUGCCACCAUUGUGCAGGACUGGCAGCCCUUCAAGCCUCUGCCCAGCAACAUGGCAAUCCUGCUGAAGAAGGACAUUGAUUGGAUGGUAGAUGACAUCAGCUGCCCAUCCAUGGCCAGCCUGUGCACCUUUCCCAUCCGUGUGCCCAUUGGCGACGACUGGUACUACCUCAACAUUGACAUGUUUGGAAAAGAUCUGGCUUUGGCUGUCCAGCAGCUCCUGUGCCACUUGAGACGCCACACCAACAUGCUGAAAGGUCAUGUGAUGUGCCAGGUGUUCCUGGACCCACCCCUGUGGAAGCCCAUGGCUGAGUUCUUCAAGGAAACCCUGAAAGUGGAGCUGGUGAAACAAUACACUGAGCAGUGCGUGGUUGAGUCUGAUGUGUAGCAGCAGGAGGGAUGGACGCAGCUAAGAACGAGGAUCUGAAGACACCCCUCUCCUCACAUCCAGACGCCAAACUACAGUAGAGACUGGAAGAGCUUUGACAUCUCUCAGAUGGUUUCCUUUCAUAUCUUGCCCCAGAACAAAAUGUUAACCUUGUAGAUAAAACAACAAGCUGAAGACUAAAAUGUCCUUAUAGAUUAAUUGAAAAUACUUGAAGUCUCACAGUUAGUUUAAUAACGCCUCUUGUAAGGAUUCAAUUGCAAAAAAUGAAACAACAUGGUUAAAAAAACAGAUACAACUUCAUAUGCAAAAGUUAGUUUGAAAGUUUAAGCUACAUAACUUAUUUCAGUAUGCAGUACAGUAUGUGUGGAUUUACACAUGCUGAGUUGCAAAGAAGACUGCACAACCUUUAAGGCACUUUAUAAUAAUCUAAAUGGAUAUCUCGCUAUAGAUAGUGGGAUGGUUGCUUUAGAGACUAUUUUGUCUGAAUGUUGCACUGUAGCUGCCAAUGUUGAGAAUAACACAAAAUUUUAUUGCAUUCUUUCUUGCAGUAUACCCAGAAGGAAAUCUAGAAUACUUCGAAAACAUUGUGAUUAAACGCAUACAAUUUCAAGUAAUUAGUAUUUCCUCAGGUUAAAUCAACGCUUAUCUCACAUUUUUUAAAAAAGAUACAGCUGUUGUUUCUGUUACGCUAGUGAAAAAUCUUCCCUGAACUUAUUUACUUGCUUCUGCUCCAGUGCUUUGAAACUAAACGCACAGUAGUUGAUGUCAGUCAGAAAAAUUUGCUCAUAAUUACAGUCUUAAAUGUUUGCUUUAUUUUAUGCUCUUGACCUUAUUUGCUAAUAUUGUUGUGGCAUCACCAUAUAUAUUUGAUAUAUUUGACAGGAACUGCAAUAUGAAGAAUAUAAUUUUAUUAAAACAGAUGCACUGUAGAUGAAAUGUGCAAUUUAGAAUGUACAUUACAACAUUGCUAAUAUAAUUUGCUAGGUUAUUUGUGACAUGAUUUAGGGCAAAUAACAUGUUACAGACACUAACAUCAGUUGUAGGUUUAAUUUAAUAGGUGAUUUAUUUCUGUAAUUAUCAUGCAACUAACUGUAAGACUGAAUGAUAUGAAAAGAAAAAUGAAUAGAAUUCAGGAAUUGAAAAGCUAACUAGACAUGACAACUUUUAGACAUACUGUCAGUGGGCAACACAUUUGAGAGGAUAUUAACAGCACCUAAACAAGUUUUUCUGAAGACCUAUGAAGAACCACAAGUGAGAUAUUGGACCUAGAAGACCUCCAGUUUUUUAAUGCACAAAUGAUUUUGGUACCCUAGUGACUGCAACAGUUCAUUCCAAUACAAUUGACCUCUUUGUCUUUAGUCGACUCAGGGGAUACAACCAUUUUAUCAGGAAACAAACACACAAAAGAAGCUUAUUUUGGAGAAAAAUUAAGAUGACAGCCACAUUCACUUUUGACUCAGCAUAUUUUUUUAAUCAUCAAACUAAAACCUGAAGAACAUUGAUCAACAUUUCCAAUAUUUGGAACCUCAACACACAUAUAUAGAGCAGAGAAGAAAAAAAAACAAGGACAGUCACUCUGUCGUUAUCCCAAAUUCUCCCUCUGGACGAGCUUGACGGAAGCAACUGCAAAUGAACGCACUGCUGAGCCUUUAUAAAUAGCAUGAGAUGCACCAUAGAACUGAGCCCUUGGCUGGCCCUGUAACUGAGAGAUGAAGAGACGCAGAGUAUGAGAACCAGCACAAAUGAAAAAAGAAGGAAAAUGGUCACCGCAGGAAGAAGUUCCUUUGGCACAAAAAGAUCGCUGUUCCAGUAUAUUCCAUCAAAAGCUGAAGAUGCAGAAUCUGUGCAAGAAUUUCUACCAUCCCCUCUCCCUGCAAACCCAUUUCACCGUGCCAGAAAAGAUUGGGUUACCAAAUUGCAAGCCCUAAAAAGUUGUAAGCUAAACAAGGAAAACCCGUUAUAAUAUCCAUACUGGCCAUUCUGUCAAUGAAAAUGCUUCUUUUUUGUGUUUCCAGUAAAUCCGUUAUGAAUGCCAUAUAUGAUAUCUUUUAAAGUAAAUAUCAGACCUGAAGGCAAGCAUUGCUUAUAAAUGUAUUGGUCCUGCUGGUAAUUGUUGGUUCUAAUGUUGCAGUCUGGAGUAUCUACUAAGUUCAAUUUUUAUUUUCAUCUUUGGUUAUUCUCUCUUUGUUUUUGUUUUUAAUAUCAUGUAACACAAGACAAAAUGGCCAGAAUGGUUUAUUAUACACGACAUAGGCCUUUGGCAGUACCUAACAGAAAACACUAAGGUACAUUAACAUAAAUUAUUGUUCUUAAUUAUGUAUUUAUUAAGAUCUAUCUAUGUCAACAGUAUACAAAUCAAAAAAUUAGCUAUUUCCCAUUAAGGUUUCACAGUCGUUAAUAAUUCCUCCCAAACCCCAUAUAUGUUUUGUCCUCUGGUGGGACUUUUUUCUUUAUUUCUACAACUACCGAGGAACAGGAUGUUCUCUUCUGCACCUUCACUUGGACUGCAGUAAGUGGUUCUUGUAAUGAUGUCUAAUAUACAGUAUCCUUAAGGAAUUGAUGGUACUUGGCCCAUCCUGGUCUGUUUCUUGCAACUGACUUCAUGAAAAAAUCAUUUAAGAUUUUGAGCUCAUAUUUUUUGUUCCUUUAUUUAUUUCAAAUAUUUUAUUUUAUAUUAUAUUUUAUAUAUAUUAUUUUAUACUUUUUUUAAAUUUUAUUUUAUGCUGCUAUAGAUCACAUAUAUCAUCCAGGAACAGCUUGUUUAAGAAAUAGGCCAUUCAAUAUUUAAGGUAAAGAUCAAAUUACAAUGAACAAAUCUACAACCACUUCAGAUUGAGAAAUAUGAUUAAUUGUAUUUCUCUUAACCUCCAAUACCCAAAAUAUUUGAAUGGAUUAAAUCCAGAUUGGAGCUCAAAAUCUUAAUAAAAUCAAAUAAUGUAUUGGCAAUCUGUUGUAGUCUGUGUUGAAGGCAUGUAUUUAUCAUUUGUUAAAAACAUUAAUGGUAGCAGAAAUUGUUGACAAAGUAUUUCCUGAGGCCGUAAAGCACUGUUGUUGCCUAGAGUGUUAAAAAAAAGGCACCACAAAAGGUUCUUUGAGCAGGAAGAACCACUUUUAGUUCCCUAAAGAUCAAUGUUUGAAAACAUAUUUUGUGAUUUUGAAGAACCUUUUAUGGGCUUCUACACAGUUCUCCAUGGAACCUUUACAUUAUGUGAAGGUUUAAACUUUAAAAAGGUUCUUCACAAUCCCACAUUCCAUUUACAAAAGAACAAACUGCUGACAGGUCCACAGGGAACUGUUUUAGGAAACCAAAAACGGUCCUUAUAUAACACUGUACAAAGAACCUUUUCCUGCACCUUUUUUUUUUUUUAAGAGUGUUCUUAAAGAAAUGUGUUGGUCUACAAGGACCAAAAAAUGUGUUACUGUAUGUGCGUUGGGUGCUUUAAGAGAGGAAAAUAGAUACAUACUUAAGAAUUCACAGUAAAACAGCAGUGUAUUAUACAAAACUAGAAACAUGUUGACCACAAAGGUCAAGUUUCUCAGAACAUAAAAUAUUUUUGGCUUCAAGCCAUAAACUCUCCCCUCCUUUAAAGCGCACAACAUUUUAAUUAUUUUUUUUUUUUUUUACCUUUUCGCAUUGCUUUUAAACGUUUGUACAUGGUAUUGACCCAAUCCAUAACAGUUAGAGUAUUUGUUAUGAAGGAAGGUUUAACUAUAAUAGCUGCUUAAAAGAUAAACAAGACGUAACAUGCACACUAAAGCUCCAUUAAGGCCUUGAGGCUAAAACACUGACAAAUAAGCUAAGCACAUGGAGCUCUAGUGUGGGUUUUCUUAUCUCAAGAUACUCUGAUAUGGUGUCCAUGUCAGCGUACCAUACGAUGUGUAACAGUGAGAGUGACCACCAUGAUAGCAGAAUAAUGUUUGACUGAUGGUAACAAUAUUUACUUCAGCCAAUAAGCCAAGAUCAAAUACUAAGUUUUAUCAUUAUACCUAUGGAAUGUGAAGUUGUCAAUGUUAACUGUCAGUGUUUCUUUUCUGUUGUUUUCUUUUCUUCUUUUCUUUUCAAAUUAGUUCCAGACCUCCCUUGUGAUCUCAGUUAACCACAGAAAGAGCAAUUGAUCUAUUCAUGCAACACCCCCAAAUGCAUUUUUUCAUAGCAACUGUUGCUAGGUUGGACAAGCUUUACAGAAAAUAAUGAGAUAUUGUACAGCCUUUUGGCAAAAUACUGAAAUGUAGAAUAAUUUAUUUCAAAUUAGCUCUAUUUUGUGUUCAUGGGAAAAUUCAUAUGGUUAUAAUAGAGCUGAUGUACUUUUUCAAGCAUGGUGGCAGAUUUAUUGUCUUGACAGGCUAAAAGAGCUCAGUAGCACAGCAUUUUUGUCUGUGUUCCGUAAAGCUUGUCCAACCUCAAAACAGUUGCUAUGAAAUAACACAUUUGUGGGCCGAGCAUGGCUAAGUCAGUUGGAUGUAACCUUGCACAGGGAAUUGUUAAGGGUGCUUUUUAAGUACUUGUACCUGAUGGUUAGGGACAUGUUGCACACUGGUUCACAAGUGCAUGUAAAUUCCCAUCGCCCACAAAAAGGCUUUAGGUUGCAGACGGAGCUGAAAGACAGCAGGCUAAUGCAAUGGACAGGUGGUAAGGGUAGGAUGGGAGAGAUCAUGUUCCAAAAGGACAAACAGUGUGCAGCAGACAUAGCACCAGCAAGUUACUGGUCAAGAGUAUAAUCCUAAUUGGAAGAUAAAAAAAUCUUUCAGGAAUGUAUGACCUUGGUUUCUGGCUAGUUUUGAGCUCUGCUGUUUGGUCAGAGCGAUCUCACAAAUUUUACUGUAUGUUAUAUAGUGCAACUGGUUGGAUUGACUCUCUGUGCUAUUGUAUCAGAGCAGAGGAAUUUACACGUUAAUGGAACAUGUGCACAAAAAGCCAGAGUGUCCUGUCUUACCUCUCAAACUAAAUGCAACAGGAUCUAGAGAGUGAUCUGUGGUGUUGCCUUUCAGAAACAGAGCUCAGUCAGGUUGGAGUUCCUCACCUUUAACCUAAACCUUAGCCCAAAUAGUCGCUCUGGAAGUUUGAAUGGAAAGAAUGAGCAAGGGAGGUCAAAAGAGCAGUCACUGUUAUGCUAAUGCCUCCUCAUUGGCUAUAACUGACUUACAUUAUGGAAUAAUUCAUUUUUGGGUCUAAUCUGAUGAUUCUUUCGCAGUACGUUUAUUCCUUUGCAAUUGUACGAUUACUUGAUGAAGGUUUGUGAAGGAAAUGAGCAGGAACCCAGCAGGAAGCUUUGACUGAGCUGCUGUCUCUCCUCUUUAUUUCCUUUGAAGAAAUGGUAUAAGAAAGCCAACAUGCAUACAAAAACAUUCUGACUUACUGGAUUUCAUAUGUUUAUUCUCCUGUAUCGUCUUUGGGAAAUAAUCUGCAGCUGGAUGCCAGUGCAUGUGUUUUACAGUCACACUAUGUGAAUAAAAUCGAUUUUUUAGACUGGGCUAGUGUACAAGCUUGUACACUUCGUACAUAAGUUUACAGUUCCAUUUUACUGUAACAACACAACUAAACACAACAACUUUGCAGCUUCAUUCAAGAUGCAUGCACUGUUGCAUCCUAAGCACAAGAAACGGUCUGAGUGUUACUUUACUGAAACUUCCUGUACCAGUCAUGGUCAUUUAGUGGUAUAGAGAACUGCUCCUCACAUAGUUCCUCUAGAAAUGCCAUCAUAGACACGUAUUUAGGUACAUCUCAAAUGUAUCAGGUUCAUUUCUACCACUGCAGUGGCUUGUCCAAACUUGUAUAAGAUCAUACCAAAGACUUCAGUUUAAGACUUAAGUCAACGGUUUAACUUGGACCCCAUGUGGCCCUGUCACUAAUCUGCUCUGUUUAAGAGCAAUCAGGAUACAGAUGCCCUUGUAGAGAAAAAAAAAACAAUCUUAGCUGUAAAGAAACAAUGGCAAUAACUGAUGUGCCUGGUGAGGAUGUUCAUGAUUUACUUGAAACAUAGGAAGUUUUCACAGACGAGGUCGUUACCGUCAUAAUGUCAGCGUUUAUUUGACAUCUUUGCUAUUCACUAGGGUCCAACUAAAUGGCCAUGGUCUGAAUGAACCAAUCUGUGUCCUAGAUGAUUGGAUUUGGGGGUGAGGCACACAUCAACUCCUACUAGUAUAGCAAGAAAUUUCAGUUUCCUCUGUAAGGUAGGAGUUGAUUGUCUGUGUAGCGCAUUCCCUUGAUGCAGCAGCAGCAGCUGAGUUUUUGAACUCUCAUCUUUUGCUAUACAGAUUAAAAACCUUUAAUUGGUGUACAACUUAUGGGUAGGAUUAUUAUGGUUCUAUCAGGAAUCAUACACUGAUGCAUUUUUAGGGAACCAAAAAUGUAAAUAAAUUGGGCAACUUUAACCAAAUUUCAUUUAAAAUAGAUUAAGGUGGCAUUUUUUCUUAGAAAACUCAAAGAGUUGCUGUUCAUCAAGGGGGUGAAUAUACAGUUCUAAUGCCAUUCAGAGGCAUUAUGAUAUAAUUUUUUAAAAAAGUAUACUUUUCUGUAUCCCAACUAGACUGCUUAUUCUUAAGCAGUGAUUUCAAAUGAAAUGAAAAGUAUUUUGUUAUUUUCAUUUGUUUUGUUUUGUUUUUUUUCUUUUUCAAAAUUUGUGAGAGAUGCAAAGGUAUUUUAAAUACAGUAUGUUUUUUAAAAAACCUUUCAAUCCCUGAGAGAUCUUUGGGAUGUGUAUGUUGUGUGAGUGAGGAGGGGGGAGGGGGGAGCAUGUGGCUAGGUUUACGCAAAGCAAAACAACUUUAACCGCACACUUAAAUAGUUUCUGUUUUAUUGUCGUAGAGAUUACUCUGAUGUAUAAGAUGUGACCAAACAAGUAAAGCAAACAUUAGAGUAGUUACAUAAUGGGGAGUUAGAAUUAGGUUUACCAGCGUUCAUUUCAAGGAGUUACAUGCUCAUAUAAGAUGGUAUAAAUACAUAUAUUCACAAAUACAAUAUUUUUUUGGUGUGAACCUAGCCAUAUACACUUUUGAAAGCUGUGCAAUUCUAUACUAGUAAUUGUUUAAAAGGGUAGAUAUAACAGUAACAUUUGAUUACUUUUCCUGCUUGUGUUAUAUUAAUAUUGUAUAGUGCUGUCAUUGUUUGCAUCUGAACAUACCUCUUUCUUUAUAUACUUGAUUAGAAGCCUAACUAGGAACAUUUGACAUUUUAAUGAACAGUAUUACUUAAUGUUAGAUAUACAAGUAACUGUAACAUGGUUAAGGAAGAAAACACAGCAGCAACAUAGAUAAGCCUUGGAAACUGUAGAUUGUCUUGGGGUUCAGUCUGUCUAAGCCUCUAAAUGCUGUUACUGUUUAAGUGUCAUUUUUUUAGGGUAAACAAAAAUGACAUACAGGAUGAAAACAUUAGCGCAGUGAUUCCAAUUGAUGGACUCUACCUUCUUUAUAGAAAAUCUUUGUUGAUUUUUUUCUUAAUUUUAAUCCUUCUGUAUGACAUUUGUUUCUGCAAGGUGUUAAAAAAGAAAAAAAGAAGUGCAUGUUGGAAUGUUAAGUCCCUCUUUGUAUAAAAGUUUGCCAUUUUUUAACAAACACAUCUUUUUACCAUCCUAGAGCCACAAUAAUUUGUAUGGAAUGUGUUUUGUAAUUUGACCACAACUAAACAAAUUGCUAUAGAAACCUCUAUUACCUUACGCACUUCGGACAAAUUGUGCAUUUUGAUUAGUGUACUAAUUCAUUUGCUGCAUGCUUUGUAUUCAAAGGUGCAAAGUUUUGCACCCCUCACCCUUUUAGUCAUACAGUUUCUGACUGAAAACAUAACAGGAAGGAAAUAUUGUUUUCUCCAUUCUCCUAUAGCUCAUUGUAAACAGUGGUUGACUGUUGUCACUAUAAUCAUUUGUAAGUAAUAAUGUUUAAACUCAUCACCGGGUUCACUCUUUUGUUUUGUUUUUACUUUUCACACUUUCUCAUGAAUAAAUUUGAUCAGCUUUGCAUUUUUGUAAGUGCCAUUUUAAGGGCACAUAAUGUUGCUAUCAUAACAAAACCUUAUAUCUCCACUUUCGACUUUUCAAAUUGUUUUUAUUGUUUUAUUGUUCUUUUAUUAAUUCUAUAAUCAUGUUAACAUUAACCUUGUAUCUCCAACAUGCUUACUUUUCAGGAGAAAGCAUAAAGAAAAGUUUUUCUUUCUCCAGAAAAGUCACCAUAUCUGGAGAUAUGAGGUUUUGUUCCGACAGCAACGAUAUGCUAAAGUGAAAAAGGCUGUUUGGUCAUCGAGCUACUCAACCGAUCAAAGCACAGUUCAUGUUAAAGUUCAAGGGUAUCAAAUUCGACAUUUCCACUAAUGCUGUAAAUUAUAAAAUCAAUUCAAAGUCAUCAAUGAAAGUUUGACAUAAGCUAAAUGAAAAAUCUUGUAAUUGACCGGCACCAUAAUAGAAGCUACCGCAUGUGGUCUGUAUUAGAUGGCAUGUGGCAUUAGCGACACACUUCUGAUAAACAUCAUGAAAACUAUAUGCUUUUCUUUUGAUUGGUGUUUUUUUUUUUUAGAUGGCGUACUUGUCUUACUUAAAGCCUAAAUUAAUGAACACAGGGUUUCCCGGUGAGUGGUUACAGUCUAGCUGUACUGAGCACAGUGGGUAAUUAAUGGCAUAUGCUGAAAUUGCAGGCCAUCAAAAUACAGUUGCUGUUACCAUUUUGUUUUACUUUUUGUUAGUAACAUGUAGUGUUUGUAAAUGCUACUUGUGCUGCGUCACAAAGGUUGUCAAGAGCAUAUUAGGCCCUCAUUCUGAAUAUUUAGAGACCUGCGUAAUGGAUAUAACAUGCGAUGUGCAUGCUUAUUAGUUCAUAAAGCCACAAUCAGGGAUUUCAGAACAACAAUAUGGUCAUUGAAAUUCCCAAGAGAAUUUGAAACAUAAUGAUCUUCUGAGAUUCACAGAAAGAGUGUGUGUGAAUACCAGAACAUUAUACUGCCUUGGUAGCUGUUGCUCAUAACAGGGCAGACCUGUUAGAUGUAAUGUGUGAGAAUCAAUUUGAACAUAUUAAGCAUAAGAAAAAAAAGCUCUACUGAUCCCUGAUUGUGGCCUUAAGACAGAGGUUUUGCUUGUUCUCCAUCAUGUCUGAAGCACUCAUCUUUGUAAAUGUAGCAUCUACAGAGGCUAAAGAAUGACUGUGUAUGACAACAGUGGUAAAUAGCUACCAUUUUGUUGAUUGGAUGGCUUUGUAAAGAGCUGGAGCGUUUAUUGCUGAUUGCUGUGGUUGCAGUGUGGCAUACUGACUAUCACCACACAGUGUUUCCUUGUAGCAUAGCAUGGUAAUGUUAACUAUAGUCUGUGCUGAUAGUGAACAGUUUUAAUUAGGUUUUCUUUUAAAUGGCCAUGGAAUCUUAGUAGUGCAGAAUUUAUGUGUGUGCUUAAUUUGUGAAUUGUACUGCGCCACCUUACAAUAAACAAAAAAGAAACAAAGAAAAAAAAAGAAGUAAAGAAAAAGACCCUCCCCAAAAAAGAAAAUAUAUAUAUAUUACUCAAAAGAAGAGGCGUCCUCAUUGUACACACAUUGUACUUGAACAGUGAGAGGUAUGUCUAGAGUGGUCAUUUAUCUUACUGCUUCUGGAUUGGUUCUUUAAACGGUCUUUGGUACAAUUUGCACUGGGGUUUCCAUACUGCAGUAACAGUAGUCAUGUCUGUAUCUUUAACUGUUGGGUCACAGAUUUAGAGAGACUUUUGUAACAUCCUGUAAGUUUUGUCUGAAUAAUUUACAGCAUCAUUACAUUCACCUAAAUUCAGUAUGAAAGCAGAGCUGGUGAUGGUCUUGUAAGGAAUGGAAAGACGGAUUAAACAUGGUGUUUGUUGGCUUCAGAAUUAGAAUUAGGCUACCAGGGAAUUGUCAGAUGAGAUGUAAUCAUUGAUCACUACUUACAUGUUUAUUGGCAUUUGCAAACACUGUGGAUAAAAAAAUACAGUGGCAUUUGCCAGCGGGCAAUGCUGAUUCCUAGAGCUAGAAAUUUCCAGAACACCUACACAUGGAAAAUACGAUACUGACAUCACACUAGAGGCUAAAUAAACUGGCAUACAAACAAGCCAACAAUCAUUGUAAAAUGAUGACCAGUGAUGCAUCUAAUUCCAUAGUUCACUGCCAUCAGGCUUGCAAUGCCACAGAAGACAGAUUCCUGGAGCACCCCAUCCUGAAUAUUUUAGAGUUUUCCUGCUCUGACACAACAACUUCAUCACAGCAAAGGCUUCUUUAUUACCUGAUGAGUUCAAUCAGCUUUUAAGAGUGGGAAAACAUAUAAAAUAUGAAGGGCUGGGGUACUCCUGCCAUAGAGGAACUACUUUUAGUCCUUUCAAUGGAUGGUUCUUUAAAUGAACACUUUUGCAAAUAAGCUGUGCAAGUUUAAAGAACUUCUACAUAAAAUAAAGGUUGUAUACCAAUUUACACUUUUUACCUGCUCUUAAAAAAGGUGCCAAUGGUUCUUUGGGUGAUUCCACAGAAAAAUCACUUUUGGUUCCCUGAAGAACUGUGUGUGACAAAGAGAUCUAAAAGUGUGAAAACCUUCCGAUAAGGUUUAAAGAAUGUUUACAUAAUGCAGAGGUUCCAUUCCAAUUUAAGGACUUUGCCUUAUGUUAUGUGGAGGUUUUUAAUUUUCAAAUUCAAAGGUUCUUCACACACACAUAUCUCACUUACAAAAAGGGUUCUGUAAAGAAUCACCCACUCAGAGGUUCUUAAGGGAACCAAAAGCGUUUUUCUUAAGGCAUUGUGCAAAGAUUCCUUUACUUUUAAGAACUUAGCACUAUAUAUCCAAACCAAGAACCUUUAUUUUUAGGAGCUUGUACAGAGGGGUUAAACUAAGCUGCAGGGUGGUGAGUGGCACUGCAAACUUAGGACCCUUUAUAUAUAUAUAUCAGGCAAGAGCAAAUGGUGAAUGAGAGUGGCUGGUCAGCUCAACUCGUCUGGCAUGAAAAGCAGGUGUUGGGGCAAACGCUGACCUCGUGCUGCUGACCUCUGACAUUCUUACCCUUCUAUCCAAAGAUGCACGUGGUUGUCCUUUACACUGGUCUUAUAUUUGUGUGACUUAAAAGUGCUAAUUUAGAAUCAGUUUUUUUCUUUUCAUUUGCCAAAGAAUAUCCAGUUUCUCCUACUAUUUAAAAAAUAGUGACUAUUUCAGAAAUUAAUGUUCCUAAAGUUAACUGAUUCUUGGAAAUAAGGUGCCAAAAAGGGUUCUUUGAAGUGAUGCCAUAAAAGAACCACUUGUGCUUACUGGAAGAGCCAUUAAUACUUUUAACUGAGUUGUAUAAGGAACCAUCCAUGAAAUGUUUCUUUAGAGAAACAAAAGUGAUUCUUCAUUGACAUCACCCCAAAAAAACCCUCUCUGGCACUUUUAUUUGUGCAUUGUGUGUGGGAGGGUAAGACCAUUGGCAGUGACCAGAAACAUUCAAACUAAGUUAUUAUUACCUAAAAAAAAAAAAAGUUUAAAUCCUAAACUUGGCAUACUUAGCAUAUAAAGCAGGUUAAAUGCAAA